AGAAGGGGCUCGCUCCGGGCUGGCGGAGAAGCGGCGGAGACCUCGGAAGAUUGAACUACUCCAGAAAAUUUUGAAAAUGGAACAAGUAGAAGAGUCAUCUAAGAGAAUUCUGUUGGAGCCAUACAACUACCUACUUCAGUUACCAGGAAAGCAAGUCAGAACCAAACUCUCCCAAGCUUUUAAUCACUGGCUGAAUGUUCCUGAAGAUAAGCUACAAGUUAUCAUUGAAGUGACAGAAAUGUUGCACAAUGCAAGUUUGCUUAUAGAUGACAUAGAAGACAAUUCAAAACUACGGCGAGGUUUUCCAGUGGCCCAUAGCAUCUAUGGGAUACCAUCUGUAAUAAAUUGUGCCAACUUUGUGUAUUUCCUUGGCUUGGAAAAAGUUUUAACACUUGAUCAUCCAGAUGCUGUAAAAGUGUUCACCCGCCAACUGCUGGAACUUCAUAAGGGCCAAGGCUUGGAUAUUUACUGGAGAGAUACCUAUACCUGUCCUACAGAAGCAGAGUAUAAAACCAUGGUUCUGCAAAAAACAGGUGGCCUUUUUGGACUAGCUGUUGGCCUCAUGCAAUUGUUCUCUAGCUAUAAGAAAGAUUUAAAACCACUCCUUAACACCCUUGGGCUCUUCUUUCAAAUUAGAGAUGACUAUGCAAACUUGCACUCCAAAGAAUAUAGUGAGAACAAAAGUUUUUGUGAAGACCUAACUGAAGGGAAGUUCAGUUUCCCAACUAUCCACGCCAUAUGGUCUAGACCAGAAAGCACUCAGGUGCAGAAUAUCCUGCGACAAAGGACUGAAAAUGUGGACAUAAAAAAAUAUUGUGUACAUUACCUUGAGGAUGUGGGUUCUUUUGAAUAUACCCGGAAAACAUUAAAAGAACUCGAGGCUGAAGCUUACAAACAAAUUGAAUCUCUUGGGGAGAACCCUGAGCUUACAGCACUACUUGAAUAUUUAAGCAAAAUGUUCAAGGACGACGAGAGCUGAUACAAUUGCUGAUUAUAUUUGCAGGAAACAAUUUUGAAAUAAUCAAGGAAACUAAACUACAAUAUUUCUAUCACUGCUUCAUAGGAAAUGCUCUCAAGCAUGCAUUAAGGGGUUAUGGGGUUUAUAUGUGCCCUAAGUGAACUUUGGACUUCUUUCAGCUGUGGGUGCAAUAUUGCUGCAUAUUUCCAUUAAAAUAAAGCUGCCAACUACAACUUU